UUGAAUCUAUAUAUAGGGACUCAUCCAUUUAUGUAUCAAUAUCCUAAAUCUCACCCAAUCUACUUCCAAUAUCACAAACAAUGGAUCCAUCAAGCGAUGAUUUUGAUGUCGCAGCCUACUUGCAAAAUCGUGAAGUUGAAGACACUUAUGUACUCAACCGAUUUAGAGAGCGUCGGAAAAAAAUAUUGGAAGAUGGUGCACCUCGUAGUAGAAAAUAUGUCAAUAGAGAUCAUCCAGCUGCAAACCAAAGACUAAUUGACGACUACUUUGCCGAUGAGCCUACAUAUGACGAUGCAAUGUUUCGUCGUCGGUACCGCAUGCAAAAACAUCUUUUCCUUCGAAUCGUUGGGGACCUUUCAAGUAGUGAUAACUACUUCACCCAGCGAGCUGAUGCUGCCAAGAAAGAAGGUAUAUCACCUUUAGCAAAAUGUACCACAGCAAUGCGAAUGUUAGCAUACGGUAUGGCAGCAGAUGCGGUCGAUGAGUACAUCAAAAUAGGAGGUACUACUGCAUUAGAGUGCUUACGUAGAUUUUGUAAAGGAAUCAUACGAUUGUAUGAGCAAGAGUAUCUCAGAGCACCAACCCAAGAUGACCUGCAAAAAAUACUACAUGUAAGUGAACUACGGGGGUUCCCAGGGAUGAUUGGGAGUAUUGACUGCAUGCACUGGGAGUGGAAAAAUUGUCCUAAAGCAUGGGAAGGUCAAUUUACUAGGGGGGAUAAGGGAACCACCACAGUUAUUCUUGAAGCAGUUGCAUCUCAUGAUCUAUGGAUCUGGCAUGCCUUUUUUGGAUGUCCGGGAACGUUGAACGACAUAAACGUUCUAGACCGUUCACCUGUUUUUGAUGACGUGGAAUAG